UAUCAAACAUUGAGUGUGGGAAACAAGCCAAUGAAAUUUUGUUCUCUUUGGAGAUCGCGAACAAGAAUAGUGAUUCAAACAAGAGGUCCUAUAGAAUUUUUACAGAGCAAAAGGUCGAAAGAUCUUUUGUCGAACUUCCCUGUCGUUUGAAGAUUUUGAAGUUUUCCUUCGCUUUGGUUAAGACGUAUUUGACACUCUACUACAAAUCAUUUUUCUCGUUGUCAUCGUCCAACAGUAGCUUCCACAAUUUGUCAAUAGUUUUAAUCACUGAGUUAACCGGCCAAACGUAGAUGAAGAAAAUUUCUAGGAGGAAUCUUAAUUUAAAUUAAUGCAUCUUUUAACUUAACAAUCUCAUACUGACUCACGAUAGCACGGCUCACACAGGCUGUUCCUAAAGUUUAAAGGUUAGCGCCAAGUGUUUGCUCUCAAGCUUCUCAGCAUUGCAGUUCCCAUUACUACACGACACAGUCCGUUACAGAAGAGAACAACAACUCCCCUCACUUCAUUUACAUCUGCUCCUCUGAAUUUCUCUCUCAUCUAUCGCUUCACUAACAAUGGGAACUGAAGAUCAACGCCCCCUCCACAUCUUCUUCCUCCCUCUAAUGAGCCCCGGCCACAUGAUCCCCAUGGUCGACAUGGCCAAGCUCUUCGCCCUCCGCCCAAACAUCUCAGCCACCAUAAUCACCACCCCUGCCAAUGAACCCCUUGUCCGCCCGUCGAUCCAAUCCACCGCCAUUGAGCUCCUCCUUGUCCCAUUCCCCCACUCCGUCACGCACCUCCUACGCGACGGCAACGAGAACCUUGCCUCUCUCACCUUCCCUGACUUCCGCGACUUCUUCAUCGCCUUCUACUCCCUCCAGAAGCCCAUUGAAGAGCUCCUGUACUCUCGCCGCCCAGACUGCAUCGUCUCCGACUUUAUGUUCACAUGGACCACGGACACCGCUGCGGCACUCAACGUGCCUAGAAUCGUGUUCUACGGUCAUGGCACGUUUGCCAAUUGCGUACAUGAAAGCCUCCUGCGCUACACUCCUUACGAGAAAGUUAACGAUGAUUCUGAGGUGUUCGCGGUCGAAGGCCUACCUCACCGUAUAGAGAUGACGAGAUUGGAGGUUUCUUUGGGUUUGAAAUACUCAACGCAGGCGAUGGUGGAGUCGGUAGAGAGGAGCUACGGCGUGGUUGUGAACAGUUUUGUCGAGCUUGAGCCGGAGUAUGCAGAGCUCUAUCGGAAGAAUGGACGGAGGGCAUACUACGUGGGCCCGCUAUCGCUGUCGACCAAAGAUGAAGCAGAGAAGGCAGAUAGAGGGAAGAAGUUCAAUCCAGAGCUUGAAGGACUCAUUACGUGGUUGGAUAAGGAGGAGGAGAAUUCAGCUGUGUAUGCUUGUUUUGGUAGCCUGAAUGAAUUCUCAGCUGCUCAGCUGCGAGAAAUUGCACUGGGGCUCGAGGCCUCGGGCCAAUUAUUUGUCUGGGCUGUGAGGGAUAUCAAUAGACAGAACGAAGCAGAGUGGUUGCCUGAGGAUUUUGAGGAGAGGGUGAAGGGGAAGGGAGUGGUGAUAAGAGGAUGGGCACCACAGAUUGCGAUCUUGAACCAUAGAGCAGUAGGAGGGUUCUUGACCCACUGCGGAUGGAAUUCGACACUGGAGAGUAUAAGUGCCGGUGUGCCGAUGGUGACGUGGCCUGUAGAUUAUGAGCAGUUUGUAAAUGAGAAGCUGGUAGCUCAGGUGCUGGACAUCGGAGUGAGCAUCGAGAGAGAAGGGAAGAAGGUGGUGAAGGCGAAGGAGAUAGCGAAGGCAGUGAAGAACGUGAUGGGAGAGGGGGAGGAAGCGGAGGAGAGAAGAAUGAGGGCGAGGAAGUACGCGGUGAAGGCCAGGGCAGCGAUGGAGGAGAGCAGCGGGUCAUCCUACUUGGAAAUGAAUCGUAUGAUCGAGGAGAUUAGGGAGCAUUCGCAUAGGACGGCCAACAUCUGACCAUUGGAACACUGGGGAAAUUUCAGUUGUUUUGCCCCUUUUUUUUUUCACUUUUGUGCUAGUGUA